GAUACUCACGUUGAGCUCCGUCAUGGCGGCUCCUGUUCCAACCUCCUUGCUGACAGCCACUUGAACUGCAGGUACUGUCCCUGCCAGGCCGAUGCCAGAGCACUUGCGAUGAAUCUGCGGGGGUCAACGUCGAUGUGCCAAGAGCCCAAAGCGCCGAUAAUACGCGUACUGUUGCGACGACACAAUUUAAGAAGAGCUCGCGCUCUUUCACAGCAUUCGCGCGCUUGCCGUCACUUCACAUUUGCACACUCCACCCCGGCACGCUGAAAGCUGCGCCUAUCGUCCAUCGCACACUUCACGUUCGCGACAUGGAAGGCGUCGAUACGGCGCUGCCGUUUGAGGAGCGUAAAAAGUCCAUGGACAAAAGUCAAGCCGGUGCAGAAUGCCCUUUAGUACCGGAUUCUCAGCAGAGUCGGCCGUCUAACUGCCCUUCCCGCGCACCCACAGCACCCGCCCGUCUUCACUCUUCCAAUGCUAACAAUGGUGGCCCCAAACGCCGGCUUACUGCCGAUGAAAAGGUUUUCUGGUCCGCUGGCACUCUGGACCAGAAUCUUCCGUAUGCUAGGUCCCUGUCGGCUUCUUCGACCAGAAGCGAAGCCUGCUCCCUUUUCUCUCGCUCGAUGCCUGUGCCUGCCUCCCCUACGCCUCCUGGAAAUCAGCUCGCAAACAGCCAGACAGCUUUCUGUGUGGACCGCAUUGAGCCGGUAGAUGGUGCGACUAUGCAGGUUGCAGCCUUGCGCUCUCGCGCAGCAGCUAUCAUCCAAGAAGCCACGAGCUUUCAUAUGGACUGCCUCGCGCUGCUCGCCCGUUUAUCAGAGAGAAACGCCUGGCUCGAGGCGCGCAAUGCAGAGCUUCAAACGACAAAUGCCUUUGAAGCCCAAGCGAAAUCACAGCAACAACAAAGCCAAAUCCUUUAGAGUGCAAUCUACGUAACCUGAAGAGGUACAGAGUUACUCUGCAUGGAUUUAGUGGGCCUUGCCGUUGACGGUGCCGUUCGAAAGAACAUGAUGGGGCUUGGGCUCCGACUCGACACGAAUGAACAGCUUUGCAUCUUUUCCCCCUCCCUCCCAUCUUGCGCUGACUUUCCGCAAGUCUUCUACCACAAAAUCAGCGCCAUUCGCCCAUUGCUUGGCGCCGUCAUGUGUGGUCCGCAGGCCA